ACACCCCCAAAGACCUGCAGGUGUGUAGGUUAAUGGGCCCUCUGUUAAAUUGCCCCCAAUGUGUAGGGAGUGGGUGAGAAAGUGGGAUAACAGGAGUACUGUGUCUUUGGUCAGCACAGAUUCUGUGGGCCGAAGGGCCUGUUUCCACGCCGUGUCACUAAACUCAACCAAACUAAUCAAACCUCUCCCCUGAGACUUCCAUGCACCACUUCCCUGAAUAGGGAGCAAUCUGGGCGAUUGAAAGUUACAGCGUGGAAACUAGCAUUGUUUAAAUAUUUGCUUCAAUCAGCUCCAACAUGCAUUGGGGGUUGGUAAAGCACUGCUUGAAAGCCUCUUCUGUAGUCGGACGCGGACCAUUCGCAGUUAAAUGUGAGCAGCGUUGUUGCCCGGUCGGCCUCUUCAACAUGCGCUGCCAUCAGCUGCCCCUCGCCAGGAACAUUGCCCUGUCUGCAGCGCUCGGUGCCCGACACCCCGGCACUACUCUAACAGCAACCACCUGCCCGACCAGCACAGCUUCACACCAUGAGCUUUACUUGCACAAACCCGUGAUGGUUAAAGAGAUUGUUCAGCACCUAUCACCGAAACCAGGGCAGGUAUUUCUAGAUAUGACUUUUGGAGCAGGAGGCCAUACAAAGGCAAUCCUUUCCCAAGCUCCUGACAUCUCCGUCUUUGCCCUUGAUAGAGAUCCAGUGGCAUAUGGAAUUGCUCAACAAGUUUCAGAAACGUAUCAUGGAAGGAUUCAACCUCUUCUCGGGAGGUUCAGCCAGCUGGCAGACUUGUUAGCGGCAUCUGGAGUGGAGGGCGAUACGUUUGAUGGGAUUGUUAUUGACGCAGGCUGCUCCUCCAUGCAGUUUGACACACCAUGUCGUGGCUUUGCUUUGAGCCAGGAUGGCCCUCUCGACAUGAGAAUGGAUGGGAACAGGUACCCCGACAUGCCCAGCGCAGCUGACGUGGUGAAUGCCUUAGAUCAACACUCACUUGCGUCCAUCUUACGGAUCUAUGGAGAGGAGAGGCACGCAAAGAAAAUAGCUGCAGCAGUUGUACAGGCACGCAGCAUCUAUCCCAUCACCCGCACUCAGCAGCUCGCCAGUAUAGUUGCAGGGGCAUUUCCAGGUGCAGCAACGUACGCACGUAAAGACCAGCUUCAACGCUCGGCACACGUGGCGACCAAAACCUUCCAGGCUCUGCGAAUCUUCGUCAACGACGAAUUGAAUGAAUUACUCCAAGGGCUGAAGGCAGCCGACACGUUCCUGAAAGCCCGCGGCUGCCUGGUCGCAUUGACGUUCCACUCGCUCGAGGACCGCGUGGUCAAACGUUUCCUGCACAACAUCGAUUUUUCCGAAAGCCCCAACCUAAGCGCAAGGCAGAAGAUCCGGCAAGGACUUAGGAAGGAGAAGGAUAAUGUUGGAACCUGCCUCCCGCAGAUGAAAGCUUUGGUCUGGUCAAGCAUCCAGAAGAAAGUAUUAACUCCCGACUCGGAGGAAAUCCAGGCAAAUCCUCGCGGGCGGUCGGCAAAGCUCCGAGCUGCCAUUAAACUAUGAACCUUACCCGUAUCAUGUCUCUAUCUCCCUCUCCCUGAAUCCCAGUCUGAAGAAGGGUUCUGACCCGAAACGUCACCCAUUCCUUCACUCCAGAGAUGCUGCCUGUCCCGCUGAGUUACUCCAGCAUUUUGUGUCUACCUUCGGUGUAAACCAGCGUCUGCAGUUCCUUCCCACACAUCAAACCAUGAAAACUGAGCCGAUGAAGGAAUGCAUGAUGAAAUUUGAUUUGCUGGAAUCUUUGUAAACUGUAAUGAAACAACUAAUAAAUAAGAAUAUUACCUCAUG